GGCUGGGACGGAGCCGGGGCGGACCGCUAGCUAGCCGGAGUCGGACGGCUGAGAGGUCCUCACUGCCGGGCCGGAGACCAGGAAACUGACCUAGGAGUCAUGGCUGCCAAACCCAAGCUCUACUACUUCUGUGGCAGGGGAAGAAUGGAGGCCAUCCGCUGGCUGCUAGCUGCCGCUGGGGUCGAGUUUGAAGAAGAAUUUAUUGAAACAAGAGAACAGUUUGAGAAGAUACAGAAAGCUGGAUACUUGCUUUUUGGCCAAGUGCCUCUGGUUGAAAUCGAUGGAAUGAUGCUGACUCAGACCCGGGCCAUCCUCAGCUACCUCGCUGCUAAGUACAACCUGUACGGAAAAGACCUGAAGGAGAGAGCCAGGAUCGACAUGUACACGGACGGCACCACGGAUCUGAUGCUAAUGAUUCUGGCGACUCCGUUCAGUAGCCCGACGAACAAAGAGGGGAGCUAUGCCACCAUCGUCCAGAAAGCUAAAACCCGCUACUUCCCAGCCUUUGAAAAGGUUUUGAAAGGCCAUGGAGAAGACUUCCUUGUUGGCAAUGCAUUCAGUUGGGCAGAUGUAGAGCUGUUUGAAGCCAUUUUAAUGGUGGAAGAACUGGACGCUGCUGUCCUGUCUGACUUCCCGCAGCUGAAGGCAUUUAAAGCAAGAGUGGGCAACAUGCCUAACAUUAAGAAGUUCCUGCAGCCUGGGAGCCAAAGGAAGCCUCCUGCCGAUGACCGCUAUGUUAAAGUGGUCAAGGACGUCCUGCAGUUUUAAUGGCCGCAGGUCUAAGGCUGGCAACCCAGCCAGCACAUGCCUGGGUGGUGCAUUGCAGAACUAGACCGCGGAGUAGAUGAACGAGACCCACGCUGCCAUCAGCAGCCAAUGCCCGUUCAACGCGAUGUUCAACAGCAAAUCCUUAUUAAAUGCCAUGUAAAAUCA